CUCUUGGACGUGCCUGUGGAGUAUCUCGACCUGUUGUUGCUUGUUCAAUAGUGGUGAAUGAAGGCUCCCAGUUAAAACCGCAAAUAACUACAAUUCAACAGGAAAUAGAACGACUACUAGUGUGAUGACCCCCUCUCUCCCAAAUGAACAUUAUAUUGUAUGGAAUAUUUUAAUGAAAUACGAAAGCUGUUCACAAAUAUGUGCCGAAGAUUGUUAAUUUUAGUUGAAUGUCAAUUAUCUUCACUCUGAGCUGUAAUAUUGUUACCAUGAGUAUACUUAAAUUGUGCCUGAUAGUCUCUUUACUUCAGAUUAAAUUUCAAUAAAAUGCAGAAGUGAAGCAGGGAUGAAGGCAGGUGGUGCAAUGCCAAGAGAAGACUAAGUACUUUGAUGGGGGUGGAGAAUUCUUUACUUUAAAAAUAGAUGGGAUUUUGUGCAUAUGUUUAUGUAAUCUCUGAAGAGCUUUAAUUUUGAUUUUGUCUUAGUUUUAUAUUCAUCUGCCUUUAUUUUUUAACUUCACUUUUUGCAUGUAAAAAAUGGUAUGAAAGAACAUUUGGAAAGAGCAAUUCAAAUAUAUUGCAUACUUUAUUCACCAUUGUAUAACAUUUAAGACCUGCAUAAAUACUUUGCAUUUAUGUCUACAGUCUUUCUAAGAAGUUGAAAUGACUAAACUAUUAAAGCCAAGAACUACUUUUAGUUUCCAUUUGAAAAUGCAAUUUUGACAUCCCAGAGUGUAAUCCAGAUAAUACAUCGUAUUACAUUUUUCUGUUUAGUCUGUAUUUUUGUAUCUUUGUACAGCUUCAUUGAUAAUGCAUUUCAGAAUAUAAUACUUUAAAAAAGUUGCUUGUAAAUUAGUAGUCGUUGUGGAAACCUUUCUUAUGAUAAAUAACUAUUCACAUUCUUACCUGGAUGCUUUCAUGGGAGUGCUGUAUACAUUUUAAAGAUAUUAUAUUACAAGGUGCCAAGUACAUUUUCAGUUCAUACAAUUUUUAACGUUUAGUUGCUAUUCUGCAUUUGCUUCAGUACUUUCAUCCAUGGUGAUUUGAUGAACAUAAUGCUAUAUAUUUCAAUUAGACUGAUAAAGGCAUUUCAAUCUUCUGAUAGACAAUUACAUCGCCAUUCAGCAACUUUUCUCAACUGACUAUCUUUCAUUGUCCCACAACUGUUCCCAAGCAAUUUACCCACCAGUGCGUAAUCAAUUGUUUUCCAUUAGUAUAUUUACUUUAAAUAUAAAGUGGUAUGGCCUCAUUUCAUGCUAAUCAGUUAUAGGGUAGCUACAGGCAAGAAAACUGGGAUUUUUUUUUAUUAUUAUUUUUAUUCAUUUAAUAUCCACGGAUACUAUAUUUUUGAAGUAACGAAAAUAAUGAACUGUCGUAAUUUAACAUUUGAUUACCAUCUUCAAACACUCGCAUUAUUGCAAUCAUAAGAUGUCACACCAAUGUAGUCUCAAACUGCCCGCCAUAUAUUCAGUGUCCUAUUUUAAUGCCGUCUUGGGUUACGAGUUCAAAGUUUUUUUUUUUUUGGUCUAAAGGCUCCCACAGACCGACGGGAAAUAUCCGCAGUGGAUGUUUUGCAUUGUGUUGGCUUAUUAUCACGUUUAGACCUGCGUGGCAGGCGGGCGGAUUCAGAGUUUAUUCAACGGCAGAUUUUGUUUUGCGGUGCUGUUUCACUUUUUGCUGUACAUACAUACAGAAUAGUAAGAUUUUAAGAGGAGAGGACAAGUUGUACAUUUACGUCUGGGAGAACAAAUCUAGGGACCAUCUCGGCAUAUGGCUUAAACG